CUGGAUAAGAAAGUAUUGGACCAAAUAGCUAGUGGUCACGACUCGAGUAAUGUCACGCAAACGCUCAUCAAAAAAGGCAAUUCGUUGUUUUGUGCGCUAAAUCUGAGCGACUCUAUCGCCGGCGUUGUAUUACUGGCCCUUUCACUGGUGGUUCUCUGCGGUUGUCUCGUCUUAAUGGUUAAAUUGCUUCACUCGAUGCUUAAGUAA